UGUUGGCUCUGAAAAGAAAAAAAGAAAAAAGGUUUGAUAAUAAUGAUAAUGAAUGAGAGAGUUUUAUGGAAUGGUUUGCCCACCAUUGUGAUGAUUUUGGUUCAAUUCGGGUUUGCUGGAGUUAACAUUUGCUAUAAAUUAGCUGCUGCUGAUGGAAUGAGUUUUCGGAUUAUUAUUGCUUAUCGUUUCUUAUUUGCUUCUGCUUUCAUUCUUCCCAUUGCAUUCUUUCUGGAAAGAGGUAGAAGGCCGAAGCUUACUUGGUCGGUUAUUUUCUAUGCAUUUCUUUGUGGACUCUUUGGGGGAUCACUGAGUCAAAAUUUGUACGUGGAGAGUUUAGCUUUAACAUCUGCAACAUAUGCUUCAGCCAUUGGUAACCUUGUGCCAGCCAUCACUUUCAUUUUGGCCGUUUCCUUCAGGCUGGAGAGGAUGAACAUAGGAACAAUGCGAGGGAAGGCUAAAGUGAUGGGUACAUUAAUAGGAAUAGGUGGGGCCAUGAUUCUCACAUUCUACAAAGGCGUGGAACUUCACCCUUGGUCAACUCGGGUUGACCUUCUGCAUAAAGCCCAUAAUUCCACUGGACACGCGGCGCCACCAGAACAUAAAAUUCAUAGUCAGGUGUUGGGGAGUGUGAUGGGUGUUGGAAGCUGCUUCUCUUAUGCUCUAUGGCUCAUCGUGCAGGCAAAAAUGAGUGAAUGCUAUCCAUGCCACUACUCAAGUACAGCAUUAAUGUGUAUGAUGGGAUCAGUUCAGGCAGUUGGUUUUGCUUUGUGCGUCGAAACCCAAUGGAGUCGCUGGAAAUUGGGUUGGAAUAUCAGGCUUUUCUCCGUCGCAUAUACGGGGAUCGUGGCUUCAGGAGUGAUGGUAACGUUAAUAACAUGGUGCGUUCGAAUGAGAGGCCCAAUGUUUGUAUCAGUCUUCAGCCCUCUUAUUCUACUUCUCGUUGCCAUAGCUGCCUCCUUGUUUCUUCAAGAAAAACUCUACAUAGGAUGCGUGGUUGGAGGAAUGUUGAUGGUGUGUGGAUUGUAUAUGGUACUGUGGGGUAAAAGCAAAGAAAUCAGAAAGAUAACACAAUUAGCUCCCGUGGAAAGCAUUGAAGCGCAGCUGCAGCAGCUGGGUAGUGAAGGGAUAGAUUUGGUCAUUUCCUCUCCAAUUACUCCAUUGCCCAAAACUCAUGUAACCAAUAAUCAGCAGCAUAAUAAUAGUAAUGCUCCACAUUCCAACAAUUAGAAGCCAAUAAACACUUGUAUAUUUUGAUAUACUAUCAAGUGUUUUCCCCUCCGCAUCCAUUUCUCUUACCCAAUCUUAAAUACCAAUUAAUUUGACUUUUUUUAGAGCAAAUAUGAAUUGGUGUAAUUAUUUUGAACUUAUAUAAAUAUAUCAAUUUAAACUCGUAAAUUUGAUAA